AUGACGGAAGGGAAGCCACGCCCGAUCGAACGUCAAGGUGGCCGCUAUGACCUGGCUGAGUACGGCUUGGCGCUGAGGAUAGAUCUCACGAAGCUUGAAUCCUGGAAAUCGAAGCAGCCCGAGAGGCCACAGGAAAAGACCCUCUUCACCCUUACCGACAAUCAUCCCGACGGCAAGACAGUGGCGCUGAAGAUCGUCGAGAAGUUGGGCAGUGUAGACUAUCUGUCAGAGGACGACAUAGAGCCGAAGUACAACCCGGACGCCGAUGAGAUACGGAGCUUAUGCCUUGCACUCGAGCCGCACCUCAUUAAGGAGAAGGCAGUGGCGAGGCCACAGGGACGGACGAUUGUCGUCGGGGACAUCCACGGAAAUCUCAACGACCUUUGGCGCAUCAUCCAUGCUUGGCUGUCGGAUGUAGUGGGCCAAGGGCCCAAGCAAAACAUCAUCUUCCUCGGCGACAUUGUCGAUCGGGGCGACCGCCAACUCGAAUGCUUGAUCCUGAUUAUGGCAUACAAGACUCUCUUCCCCGAACAGGUGUUCAUCCUUCGUGGAAAUCACGAAGAAGGCGAGAUUAAUAUGAAGGAUUUCCAACAAGUGAUGACUGAUCGCGGAUACCGGCCGAGCAAAACGCACGACGCAGUGAAAGCAAGGAGGCAAACAAAUCCACCACGAAAAGUUGACGCGAUCGAUGCGAUAAUGGCCUACUUUGAACGUCUGCCUGUUGUUGGGCUCAUUGAUGGCCGGAUUCUGUGCAUGCACGGCAUGAUAUCGAUGGAGCUGACCAAAAAGAUGCUGCAAGCUGGAUGGGACGUGUUGGAGGGGACGUACGCGAACAUGAACAGGCAUCUGCGAUGGAACGAUCCAUCAGAAAAAGUCGAAUUUUGCGAGGUCAACAACGUUCGACGAUACGGCAUGGUCCUGGCCCCAAAAACUGUCGCAGCAGCUAUGGGCCGGCUUGGUGUCGAAUUCGUGCUCCGGGGUCACCAGAAGAUGACAAACGGCGUGCGCAGGUUUGCCAACCUUCCCGUGGCCACCGUCUUUUCGGCGUCAUUCUACCAGAAGGAGAACUUUGGCGCCGUACUUUUCGUGGAUCCUGACAGAAACGCGAUCGUACCGAUCUACAUCGUCAGCCACGACGACGAGACCACGAUGGACUACCACGGG